GGUAAUCGCAGUGGGUGAUCGUACGAGUAUUAGUAUAAGUACUCGUACUCGAGGACUCCGGUGGCAGUACGGUAUGAAAUACAGAACGAUACGAUACGAUAACGUAUGAUACCGUAUGCCUUUCAUCGACAACAAAAACAAAGCGAGUUUGAGUUGUACCUUGACAAAACAAAAACAAGUUGUGAACAAACGAGCAGGAUGAAAUCUGCCGAUGUGAUUGGUACUCGUACAACCACAAGUUCUCGCUCGCGUGACGACAAGAACAGUGCUCUGUCGCGAAGAAGCAGCGGACAUCRAGAAGAAGACGAGCACCGCAUCAUCUCGGCCGUAAAACGGGGGCUAAAGAAGUCCAGGUCCAAAUCCAGGAAAGAGAAUCGGAGUUGGAGUGGGAAUCCAAAUCUGUUCGAGAGCCAGAGUCGUAGAGCACGGCAACCACAAGCGCAGCCGGCAUCGCCAUCGCCAUCAACAACGGCCUUAGCCACCCAUGAUUUCACGAAGACGCAUAGCAACAGGAAUAGCAAUAGCAACAGCAACAGCAACAAUGUAAGCAACAAUGUAAGCAACAAGAACAGUAGCAGCAGAAAAAGCAACGGUACGCAUGUGCACGCCAGCAGCAAAAGGGGAAAACGACCAACGACCUCCAGGAACGCAUAUGCAUAUGAAUAUGCAUCCCCAUCCGUUCACUCCGAAAUGGAAAUGGAAACAGAAAUAGCCCUGGUAUCGGACGACGAUGAUGAAAAAAGAACCGAAACCGCUACCGAAACGGAGACCGAGGCCGACAGCGACGCCGGCUUUCAUGGAUUCCUCCACCGCCUCGUAUUCGACGAAUCCAUCACGACGGCUUCAGUAGAAGACCAGUACAACUACAUCGACGAUGUUAGCUACGGCGGUAGCGAAAACGAGAGCCAGAGCGAGAACGAGAGCGAGAACGAGAGCUCGUCAUCUUCCUCGGCUUCGACGUCGUCCUCCGCGUCAUCCUCCGCAUCAUCGUCCUCCUCUCUCAACCACAUGCUUGGCGACCUGGACGCCAUUCCCUCCGACCAAGAUUCCUACAGAAACCGGAACGACACCUCAUACGCAAGCAGCAGCAACUACACCUCUUCUAGCGGUGAAAUAGAAGCCGCUACCGAAGUUACCUACAAUCACUACGACGACGACAACGACAACGAACAGCGAGGCCGGCGCUACUCGAAUCGCGGGUUCGAAUCUUCCUCGAGGGCGGGCCGGGAAGUCGUCGCCCUGCUCCUCUCGUCCGAUCGAAGCGGGGUCGCCACCCUAGAUGCCCAAGCCUUGGCGACGGUACCCAUGACCAUCGAGCAGGCGAGGACCGUGGUGCAACCAAUCGCAGAGGCGAUAGCAAGGAGUACGUCUCUCCACACACUCGUAUUCACGGGGCCCUGGAACUUCAACGACUGUAACAACGCCGGUAACAACGCCGGUAACAACGCCGGUAACAACGCCGGUAACAACGCAGGUAACAACGUCGGUAGUAAGCAACGACCACAACCACAACCACAAAUACACACACACACGCACGCACGCACCCUAGAAUCACGAGCCGAAAUGCUCGGGACAAUCCUCAGCGACGGCCUUCUGCCGAAUACUUCUGUCCGCACUCUCGUGCUGGAGGGAAACUAUUCUUUCGAUCGUUACGCAGGCAGCAUCUUUGGAAACCUUCUGCGGCUYCAUCCAAGAAUUCGUCGGUUGGAGCUCCGAAAUUGCUGGUGGCAAUGCCAAUCUCCAUCCCAUACCAACUCGAAUUCGAAUUCRAAUUCRAAUUCAAACUCGRAGGCGACUUCAAACCAUCAACACUCGAACGGAUCCUCCUCGUCGGGCUGGAACGCGCUACUGUUGGGACUCCAGCACUCCAAAUCGGUCAAGGAAUUGUCACUCGAAAACCUUCCUCCGAACGGUCUUUCGGAUAGCGACUUGGAUGGAAUAUCCCUCACGAUGGGCUACCUGCRACUGGAAUCGCUCCGGUUGGUGGGGGUCGGUCUACAAACCAUUCAUCCAGAAUCACUGGUGGUGUUCUUCCGGGCGAUCCAGGAAACUCCAUCGAUCAAGGAUCUAGAUCUAUCCAAGAACGUGCUGGAGGGAAGGAGCAGCCAUUCCUUGUUCUUGUUGUCCCGGUGCCUGUCCGGAGCCACGGUUGACCUAUUUCAAUGCCAUCGUCAUGGUCAUGAUCGCCACCAGACCUACGCCACGAGGAGUGCCUUUGCGUAUCAUCGGGAUGACUGCUUCGAAGUACACCACAUCGAACGAUUGACCCUCGUGGAUUGCGGAAUAACACGGACCUCUGAUUUGAAAACGCUCACGUCAGCUCUGAGCAGUACCAGUGGCAACACCAGUAGCAAGAGCAAGAGCAAACACCCAACACAGGCCGAGAAGAACCCCAAUCGCCUCAACGAUGCCACGAUCACGAGUUCUCUCGACGUGAGCGGGAACCGAUUUGGAAACGCCGGAGCCAAGGUCUUGCACGAAUGGAUUUCGGCGCACCCGAACGUCAAGGCGCUCGGAAUGCUUUCCUGCAACGUGAGCGCAAAGCACCUCAAGAUCGUUUCCGAUCGGCUCCGGUACAACAAUUCGUUUUUACAARCGAUCGGAUUGGGUAGCGAAAUGUCUCUGGCCAUUCUAGACUCUGUKUCGACCAUGGAAAACGUCUUGGGYGGUGUGGUAGGGAGCGGUGGCACCAGCACGGUCGGAGGGGCUACGCCAACAUAGACGCAAACCACCAAAAAAGGUUCUGGUGAUAGUAUUACACCCAUUGUUUUCACUCGUUGCACUUGUAAUGUAACACUACYUACGUGGUCAAAUUAGUCCUUCGGAUUACUGUUGAACUUCCCUCUGACUUUUGAUGGUUUGCGUCACUGGAUAAUUGUUAAAAUCCAGAGGAAUGUAACAUUUUAGCCAUCGCAUUGGGGGGCAAGGRAUAAUGAGCAAAUAGUUGUAAAUUACAUUUUGAAUG